AUGAGUAAUCAUUUGGGAUUGCUCAAGAAAGCAGAAAACAAAAGUUGUGAUAAAUUGUUGGAGGAGCUUUUUUAUAAAAUCACGGUCCAGUUAAAAAAUUAUUUAAAAAGUAAUGAAUGGUUCACUGAAAGGUACAUCGAUUCAGUGUUGGAGUCUCUAACUUCUUAUUUCAAAUUGAGACCCGAGAAGGAUCAAGGGAUCAAUCAGGCUUUGGUAGAUAGAGCUCAUGUUCGGACCAUCCAGGAAUCUAUAAAGGCCCUUUACAGAAACUCCAAGUGUUCAGAUGAUAACAGGAUAAUCCUAGCUGGCAGAAUGAAAAAAGAUUCUGAUCGACUGAAAACAUAUUUUGUGCAAAAAAGCUCUACAGUCACUUGGAUAAACGAUGUCAUUUUGCUUUUAGCAGAAAUCAUUGAAAUUGAUGAUCCUGAAUCAUUAAAGGUGGUGAUUGCUGAUCUCAUUUUAAAAUAUCCAGAUGUAAGCAAGAAGCAUAUUUAUGCUUUACUGAACAUCAGAGGAAACGUCUCCAAAUCGUGCCUGCGGGGUACCAUAAAAGAUGCGAUUAAGAAUAACAAUGGCCGUUCAUCUUGCAACAAUUUAUUCGAUGGGAUCAAGGUUAAAUCUUCAUGCACUAUUUUAUAAACUGCAAUUAGAAUAAUAACUAU